AUGUCGGACGAGGAAAACCAGUGGAAACACCGCUCAACGCCGCAUUGGCACCCGUAUCAGCGCCAGAACCUCAUCAAUGCUGCGAAUGGCCGACUUCCGCCUUUCAAUACCGCACCACCACAGAACCCCACAAAGCUCGAAUCCAAAGCCCGCGCCAAACUCUCCCAAAACGGCUGGUUCUACGCAUCCUCCAACGCCAGACAGUCAUACACGCACCGCGCCAACCGCGACGCUUUCGACCGCCGCCGUAUCCUACCGCGAACACUGGUUGAUACAAACCGGCGCGAGACUCGCACAGAGGUAUUUGGAAGGAGUAUAGCGGCGCCGGUAUGUUUUGCGCCGGUGGGUAUUAAUGAGAUCUACCAUGCGGAGGCGGAGCUGCCGGUCGCGAGGGUGGCGGGGAGACUGGGGGUGCCGUAUUGGUUGGGUACGGCGGGGAGUAGGGCGGUGGAGAGUGGUGCGGGGUUCGAUGUGCUUAUUCUCACUACGGACACCUGGCAGUUGGGCUGGCGGCACGACGAUAUCGCAAUGGGGAAUUAUGCAUUUUACCACGGCCGCGGAGCCUCCCUGGGGUUGACAGACCCUGUUUUCCAGCGCCGUCUGAAGGAGGCCGGCAUAGACGCCGCCACGGACCCCAAGGCCGCCGCGCAGAAGUGGAUCGACACAAUCUGGCACGGCCGCCCGCACACGUGGGAGAAGGUCAGGUGGGUCCUGCAGCAGUGGAAGACGCUCACCGGCGGCAGGCCCUUCGUGGUUAAGGGGAUCCAGGACGCGCGCGACGCUGAGAGGGCGGUGGAGGUGGGGUGCGAUGGCGUGGUGGUGUCGAAUCAUGCGGGGAGGCAGAUCGAUGGGGCGGUUGCGAGUCUGGAUGCGCUGGAGGGGGUGGUUGGGGCGGUGAGUGGGAGGACGACGGUGUUGUUUGAUUCGGGGGUGCGCUCGGGGAGUGAUGUGUUUAAGGCGCUGGCAAUGGGGGCGAGGGCGGUGCUGGUGGGGAGGUUGUGGGUGUGGGGGUUGGCGGUGCAGGGGGAGGUCGGGGUGGAGCAUGUGAUGAGGAGUUUGCUGGCAGAGUUUGAUUUGACGAUGGAGUUGGCGGGGUGUAGGAGGGUUGAGGAUAUUCGGAGAGAUUGUGUGAGGACGGUGGAGGAGAUGGACGGGAAACAGAAAGCGAAAUUGUAG